CUCAAUCCAAACGUUUGGCAUAAUGGGGGUAAGAGAUGAGCGUUUCAGCUGCCACUGCUUCCUCUGCUCUGGCCACUGCUUCAGCCUCCCCCAUUGCCACCGUCAAUCUCCGCCGUAGUAGGAGGAGGAGGACCAGCAGACUCUUUGGCCGCUUCACUUCUUCCUCCUCUCCCCAUUACCGCUCAUCUUCAUUACGAGUUACCAAUGAUUCUAAUAGGAGUGAGUUGCGUCCUGAUCCCACCACUGAAAGAUCAGAGGCUGAUAAGAUUGUUGACAGUCUGGAUUUUGGUGAGCUUUGCAAUGAGUUUGAAUGCAUUAGCAGCCCGUCUGUAGAAGCUACAGCGAGGCAACUUGCACGGGACAUCCUAGAGCUUCGGGAAGGGAAUCGUGCCCUUGGAACCUUUGCUGUUUCUGUCAAGUACAAGGAUCCAGUUAGAAGAUUUACUGGUCGUGAGAAGUACAAGAGACAAUUAUGGGCAACUGUUGCUCUUGAAAAACCCACCGUGAGUGUGCAGGAAAUGGUGAUGUUGUCAACCAGUUUGCUGAGUAUCAAGUGGACAAUGAAAGGGAAGCCUAAAUCUUUUCUUGCUAGUAUAGGAGGAGAUUUGAUAGUUAAAGUUAAUUCUCAAUUCACCCUCAACCAAAUUAGUGGCCAAGUGAUUGAGCAUGAAGAGUUUUGGGAUUUAUCGGCAUCAUCAGCCAUUGCUCAGGCUUAUUUCUGGACAUCACGCCGCCUAUUUGCUACAAUUCAGGCUGGAAAAGACGUUGCUGACUUUGUUAAGAACAUGACAAGCCGUCUUUCAACGGAAAAAGAGAACAUGGAGAUUUAUCCUGACCCUUCUGGUGAUCCAACAAAGUUCUUUCAAAGAGAUGACGGCUUCCAAAGAGACGCAUACCAAAUUGCACUGUUUCUGGCAAUUCUCUAUUUUGUUGUACAGUUUUUGAGGACAACUUUGUAAACCUGCCUUGCUACAUUCCACAUUUAUAUGUAUACUUGUAAAUUCUGGUGUUGUGUAUUGUUACAAAACCUGACCUGUCUUACAUUCUGCAUCAUUAUAACACUGAAGUUUUAUUCCUAAAA